UGCUCAGUGUCUGGACUCAAAAGUGUACGAUCACUGGUCGCGUUGUGAACAUCACGCUGGUUACAGUUGCAGUACAUUCUUCAUCUUCCAGCCCUUGUGCCAGCAGAAGAUCGCGCUGAAUAUAGGCAAGAUCGCCCAACUGAUACCCGCGAAGUUACUAAGCGAUCUAGACGCAAUUUAAAAGUUCCGCGGAAGUAAUUCCAGUGUUUAGUUUCGCCAAGUUACUCAAUGUGGACGGAUUGCGGGAAACAGCUGUAAUCCCGUAACUGGCUUAUCUCCUCCGCUUGCCGUUGGUUAUAUCGUUCGCAACUUUAUCUUUUCUGUCGUUUAAUAUUUUCCUGAUUUCGACUAAUUCGGGUAUUAAGUGCAUGGUUCCCUUUGAUGUUUUCUUAGUUUGAAAUUUUUGUCCGGGCGGCUUCAUAAUUUUCCGACCAUCGUGUUUUCGAUUUUUUUUUAAAUUAUUAUGGAAAAUCAUGGAAAAUUGAAUGGACGCACGUUCCGAUAACAAGAAUGAUCCAAGCGGAUUACGCUUACAUGUAAAUUUUAUUCAUAUUGUGCUGUGGUGCCGCUGAUGGUGGUGAUUUGCAUCCAUGAUUAAUCUACCAUUUCGGGCUAAUUGGUUUGGUGCUGGUAAUUUCGCGCUCGGUCACUAGUAGUACCUUGGCAAGUUCAAGAUCAGUUUUUGUGUUUAGAUUUCGGUUUACGUACCGUGUUUACAAACAAGGUUACUGAAAAUAAGUUGCAAAUUUGUUCCAAGUAUUAUACAAUUGUGUUAUUUUAAAUUACAAUCAUUUUUGGUUCUUCUGGAGGAGUAAAGGAAAAGUUCUUGUUUGAUAGAUCUUGCUAUGUACGGGUGCUAUCUCGAAUCUCAGUUUUUGUUUUGGAUAAGUGAAUAGAUUUUAAAGAAUAUUUAAUAAUAAUGGCAAUUACCAAAGAAGAGCGUAUUCAGAGUAUUGGGUGCUGCCAAACAGGCGUUACUCGGUCCUCGUCAAAGGGCUCUUUAAGUGAUUCGGAUACGCAAAUAAAUAAUAACACAUUGUUUAAUUCGUUUGAUUUUGAUCAUCCAAAACAUGAACCGGUUGACAUUGAAUUUCAAAACAUCAAAUAUACUGUUCGACAAUUUUCAAUGGCGAAGAGGAAUUUUGUUAAAAAAGAAAUUCUACAUGGAAUUUACGGAGCGUUCCGAGCUGGUGAAUUAACUGCUAUAAUGGGUCCAUCAGGCUCAGGCAAAAGUACAUUAAUGAAUGUUUUAACAGGAUACAGAUUAACUGGUAUCACAGGAACAGUUCAAGUCAAUGGUAAAAUUGUAAAUACCAGCUCGGAACAAUUUAGAAGGUUAUCCUGCUACAUUCACCAAAAUGAUCUCUUACGGCCAACACUAACAGUUUUUGAGACUAUGAUGCUGGCAGCCCACCUUAAAUUAGGAUUCAAAGUUUCUAGGGAAUAUAAAGUAAAUAAGGUUAAUCAAUGUUUAAUGCUUCUCGGGUUAGAACAUAGAAAUAGUCUUCCUGCAGCCCGUUUAUCCGGUGGACAGAGAAAACGAUUAGCGAUUGCAUUGGAGCUACUGAGUAACCCGUCGGUACUUUAUUUGGACGAACCGACCACAGGUCUAGACAGCUCAUCGUGCGUGCAGUGCGUGUCAUUACUGAAGCGCCUUACUCAACACGGCCACACAGUUGUUUGUAUUAUUCACCAGCCAAGUGCACUAAUCUUUGAAAUGUUUGAUAAGCUGUACGCAGUGGCUGAGGGCAAUUGCAUUUAUCAAGGUCCCGUUAAAGAACUUGUAACAUUUCUCAGUGAUUUAGGUUUACAAUGCCCCAGUUAUCAUAAUCCAGCCGAUUACUUGUUGGAAGUUGCCGUUGGUGAACAUGAUCGAGAUAUGCCAAAACUGAUAAAUGCCGCUACGAAAAAAUAUUAUGAGGAUUCAGACCUACAUCAACUCACAGCGCCGGUUAAUCACAUAAUCAAUCAAAUUCAAGACCAAAUCGAAUUGGGAACAAUAACAACGAAAGAGAAAAAAGUGGUUGAUUUAAAACGUUUAAAAUCAGGCGGAAAAGCUGUUGCAGAGUUCCUUGCCGAAGGUAAAAACUUGAAGGAGAGGCAUCAAGUCGAAUCAGCUUCGUUCAUAAUGCAGUAUGUGAUUUUAUUGCAACGAAUACUAAUGUGUUCGUCGAGGAAUUACUUUUUGUUGCUUGCACGCAUCAUAUCACAUAUCUUUAUAGCUAUAAUCUUCGGUUACCUGUACUUGAACGUUGGUCCGACAGCGAAUACCGUUCUCGGUAAUUACGUUUACUUGUAUGGAACAAUUUUACUCAUCGUUUACACCGGCAAAAUGUCAGUUGUACUAUCAUUUCCGCUUGAAAUUGAAAUGUUACAUCGGGAACACUUUAAUCGAUGGUACAAGCUUAUUCCUUACUUUUUAUCAACGAUUUCGUUUGAAAUACCAUUUCAGAUGCUUUGCUGUUCUUUGUACAUAGGCAUCAGUUUUUAUUUAACGGGUAAUUAUUCAGAGGAUUUCAGGUUCUACUACUUUUGGCUGAUGGGCAUUCUAGCAACGUUAAGCGCUCAAGCCUGGGGAUUCUUCGUUGGAGCUACACUACCAGUUAGGAUCGCCGUUUUUGUAGGCCCCAUCCUAGCUGUCCUGUUUUCGGUAUUUGGAUUCUGCACUCGCUACGUGGACAUUACCCCACUAUUUCGUUGGAUGUGGCAUAUCAGUUACUUCCGAGCCGGUUUCCAUGGGGUUAUCAACGCCAUUUACGGAAUGGAUCGUCCUUUCCUCAUAUGUCCAGAGAAAGAGAUGUACUGCCACUUCCGCAGUCCCAAAGUUUUCUUACGAGAAAUGAUGAUUUCCGACCUAAGCAUGAGCGACAGCAUUUGGCUAAUGUCUGUGGUCAUCAUCAUAAUGCAUAUCCUGACAGUGUCGACAUUGUGGUAUAAAUUGAAUAAGCGAUAAAGUAAUUUUUGUUUGUAGAUGAUAUUCUAUAAAUCAGGGAAGUUAGUGCACAACUUUGUUUUUUGUAGGACAUUUUUGAUGUUAGACGGUAAAAUGAUUGGGCAUUUAGACUGAUUUAUAUGUAGAGGGUCCUUUUAUAUUUUCAUUUUGUAGUUGUCUUGGAUUUUGAUAGGAUUUUAUUAUAAAGUCAUAAAUUGUCGUUACAAAUUAUGUCAGAGCUAGAUAGUAGCGCAAGCUGCCGGUUGGUUCCGGAAUUUUGAAUUUUGUACUUUACGGACAACAACAGAGUUUACAAUACCUCCAAAAAGAAUGAAAUAUUUUCAAGAAACAUGAAAAUGCAUAUAACACUACAAUUGCCAGAUAAAACUUGAAAACAGCAACAUAAAUAUAAAAUUAUGAAAAAAGUAGGAAUGUAACAUGGUGGAAACCUGGAUAACCAAAGUAGCAAGAACACUACCCUCUAACCUAUUAAGUAGAUUCUAAUUGUCGUACUUCUCAAUACGAUGUUAACUGUGUUAUUAGCAGUUCCCGAAGAGCUUUAAUAAAAUAUGAAAGGUUGCUCGAUUUGUGUAAGUAUUAAUAAAAUUAAUUUUAUCUUUAAUUUGUCAAAUAGUUUGGUGAGUAGAAUUUUUAAUUAUUCUCAAUCGAACGUACAGUGCACAAGCUUUUGUUACUUUGAUUAUUAUUUUAUUUGUAGUUUUAUCAUUUGAAUAAGAGAAAUUGUUAGAGAAGAAAUAUUUUUUUACUAAGUAUACGGUGAUGAUGAAUUUAUA